AUGCAACACGGGAGGUGCCCCAAGCCCCUGAAGAACAGGGACGUCAUCACGCUGCGCUCCUGGCUGCCCAUGGGCAGCGACUACAUCAUCAUGAACUACUCGGUGAAGCACCCAAAAUACCCGCCCAGGAAGGACAUGGUGCGGGCGGUCUCCAUCCAGACGGGCUACCUGGUGGAGGGCAAGGGCGCCCAGAGCUGCUGCAUCACCUACCUGGCCCAGGUGGACCCCAGAGGCUCGCUGCCCAAGUGGGUGGUGAACAAAUCCUCGCAGCUCCUGGCGCCCAAGGCCAUGAAGCGCAUGUACAAAGCGUGCCUCAAGUACCCGGCGUGGAAGCAGAAGCACAACCCGCACCUGAAGCCGUGGCUCUUCCCGGAGCAGAGCACGCUGCCGCCCGUGGCGCUCUCCGAGCUCUCCAUCCAGCACGCCGCCUCGCUCGAGAACAUCGACGAGAGCGGCCUGGCCGAGGGCAAGGAGGAGCGCGCCGAGGGCAGCGACGACGACAGCGGCAACUGAGGCGCCUGCAUGCAGGGGACRCCCCCCCACCGC